GUCAAUCAUCUCACAGAUAAUCAAAACUGUCUGCAAUGGACUGGCUAGUGAUUCUUUUAUCUCCUAUCGUCAUAGUCUUCGUCUAUCCGUUCAUUUUUAUGAUUGCUAUAUAUUCUUGUGCGGUAUUUCUGAGGGUUUAUCGACACAAACGAAGGCAAAUUUUCGACGCUUAUUCGACGAAUUUCUGGGACGGCGCUACUCAAGUUUUGGCUGCUAUUGUCGACGCUCACGGAGAAUAUUGGCAUGGUUAUGAGAUACAUGGCAUCACCAAGCUCCCAGAUAACGGUCCAGGUCUUCUGAUUUAUUACCAUGGGGCUAUGCCCAUCGACAUGUACUACAUCAUGGCCAGGCUGUUAAUCUGCAAGAAAAGACGCCUCCGUAAUGUAGUCGCAACCUUUCUUUUUCAUAUCCCAGGUUUUCAAAUACUAUUGGAAGUUGUUGGUGCAGUGGAAGGUCGAACAAGAGAACAGUGUAUAGAGAUAUUAAAGAAUGGUGAUCUAUUAGCCAUAUCCCCUGGGGGUGUUAGAGAGGCAUUAUUUUCAGAUGAAUAUUAUGGUAUGAUUUGGAAUUCCAGGAAAGGAUUUGCCAAGGUUGCCAUGGCAGCAGGAGUACCCAUUUAUCCAGUAUUUACGCAGAACGUAAGAGAAGCAAUACGAUCAGUCCGAACGGGUCGAGGAUUUUUUCGAAAGCUCUAUGAAUGGACGAAACUUCCCCUCGUACCUUUGUAUGGAGGAUUUCCUGUCAAGAUGAGGACAUUUAUAGGGGAUCCCAUUAUCUAUGAUCCCAGUCUGACUUGCGAGGAAUUAACUGCCAAGGUUCAACUUGAGAUUCAAAAUUUAAUCAAGAAACAUCAAAGGAUACCAGGAAGUAUAUUGCUUGCUUUACGCGAUCGAUGGACUCACCGAAAAAAGCGCGCAAAUGCAAAACUAAAGAAACACUAAAACUAUAGUAGACGAAAACUAAAUCAUGGUAACCCUGUGGUAUGUAUGUACUUACGUGUUACGUUCACCAGAUUAACUCUGUUGCAUGCGACAUCUCGAGUGUCGAACGCGAUUUCUUUCAUGUACGCUUAGCUCUCAUUUAAAAUUACACCAUGCGUAAUAACCAUUGAUUGGUGAAAUGAUUUCAAACAAAAGAAUCGAUAUUUUUUAUACGAUAUUUAAAUAUAUAUAUGUUUCAAUUCAAAAAAAAAAGGAAAAAAUUCUAUAUAUUAAUCAAGUAUGAGCCUGCAGUCAAACAUUUUGUGCAGUGUUUUAUUCAUACUAAGCAUGCGCAAAUGGGCCACUAUGCCAAACAGCUGAUCCAUUUGCCGUUGUCUUGAUUGAUUUUCAAUGACUGUCUAGCUUGACUUGAUACAUAGCUGAGCAGUCUCUUCAGGCGGGUUUCCUGUGGUUUCACUCAGUUAUAAUAGUCAUCUAACGCCGGGGAAAAAUUGGAAAAUUGAUUUUGCUAAAACUUCCCUUAAAAAAGAAUUGAGUAUUUUGAAUCAGAAUAUUGCGAAAGAAAAUUUUUCUAAUAAUAUUUUAAAAUAAAUUCAUGUAAUUAAAAUACAAGUUAAUAUAAAUAUAUGUACAUAAAUUAUCGGAUAUGUUCAAAU